UUAAAUCGUAGUAAGCUAACACUACAAUGAUGUCACAGCAACCAGCUGAAAGAAAAAAAUUGGUUGUUGAUACAGGAGUUUUCACUAGAAUCAAGCAAUUGUCAAGUUUUGGUUAUGAGAAGUAUUAUACAGUUGAAGGUGUAAUUAGAGAAAUACGUGAUCAUGCUGCACGUCAAAAUUUAGAAUUUCAGUCAGAUGUCCUUCAAGUUAUUUCACCAUCUAAAGAAGAUUUAUGUUUUGUAAGACGUUUCGCUAAACUAUCAGGCGAUUUAGGAUUUUUAUCGGAAACUGACAUCCAUGUUAUUGCUCUAACGUGUAUGCUCCAAAGGGAAACGAAUAGCGCUUUUAAAAUCAUGUCAGAGCCUAAUUUUGUUUUACAUAAAACAAAAAUUGACAAUGUUUCAACUUUGCAAAAGAAUGUUUGGGGAUUAACUAGUACUAAAAAAGAGAAGUCAGAUGUAUCAAUAAAUAGCAAUCAAAAAGAUGAUGGUAAUUUUGAAUUCAAAAAUGGAGUGACCAUGAAAAGAACUGAUCAAUGCAAUAAAAAAGAGAUUAAUCUUGUUGAAGAGAAUAAGAUGUUAAAUUCUAGUUUAUUAGAGACAAAUUCAGAUGAGGCAAAGAAAAUAACGAACUCACAUGAAGAAAAUUGUGAUAAAAAACUUGACUUGAAAGAGGUUUUUUCACAGGUAGAGAAAAAUGCGAAAUCCUGCGAAAUGCAAAGGCUUUUCAAUGAUUUGAGUGAGGAAGAAACCGACGAUGAUGAAGAUUGUUGGUUAUCGCAGGACAAUUUUCAUUUAGCUUUUGGGCCUAAUACAUCAAAAACAACCAACGAUGAACAAAAAAUGCAAGUGGCAUGUUUGACAACCGAUUAUACAAUUCAAAAUGUUCUUAUUCAAAUGGGACUCUCAGUUUUAUCGUUAGAUGGUUAUCGCAUAUCGGAAGCAAAGCAGUGGAUUUUACUGUGCCGGGCAUGUCGUCAACAUACGUUGGAUGCUACACGCAAAUUUUGUUCUCAUUGUGGAAAUAAUACUGUUUAUCGAGCAGCGUUAAGAAUUUGUGACAAUGGGCAUGCAUAUGUUGAAGAUUUUAAACCCCGAUUGAAUCUUCGGGGAAAAAUUUACUCUAUACCAAAACCUAAAGGGGGUCGUAAAGGAGAUCUUAUUUUAUCUGAAGACCAAAUGUUUAUUGGAAAUCGUCAAUGUCUACAAAAACAUUAUAUAAGACAAGUGGAAAAAGAAAAAGUAUCGAGAAAUCCUUUUAAUUUGGAUAAUACUUAUGACCCAAGCAAUUGGUUAGGAAGAGGAAACUGUCGUGUGUUACCUCAAAGUUUGCAGGUAGCUUUCGGUCCGGGAAACCCUAAUUCCAAUAGGUGGCAAAAACGAAAAGGGAAAAACCGUACAUAGUGCAAGAGUGCAUGUUACGAAAUUCUUAUCAAGCAUAUAUAAACUUUGAAUAUAAAUUUUAUUUUCAAAGUCUACACAAAAAUCAUUAUCUAAUCAAUAAAAACUACCGUCUCAUAUUAAAUUUAAAAACAUAGCGUUUUAAGUGUUUUUUAA